AUGAGCUCCGCUGAUUUUGUGGGGGAUCCACUCAUUCGCAUCCAGCAUCUAGUGGGCGCCGCCAAGCAUGAGUGGGUGUCUGGUACUAAGAUCUCUGUCACAUAUCAGAUUCGCGCUGCCCAGCAGCGUUAUGAGAAUGCUGGCCUAACCAUUGUCGCCCACAAAGGCCUUGGGAAUUGGAAGGUCAAGCACUGGUAUAAGAAGAUUGAAGGUGUCUGGAAACUGGCCGAUGCGCGCCCGGAAUGUAUUGGACUGGGUAUGAUCUUUCCAAGAUACAUCUGA